AAGCUCAUCAGCAGUCCCCGCACGUUCCUAGAUGCAUCUGCGGUCUCCAUCUCGCCCGUACGAUAUGCGAUGACGGCCAGCUCCAGUGUUCGCGCUGGAGCUUCUCCACGCAACCCAGACGCCGCAAACGAUGGCCAGGCUCCACCGAAUAAAGCGCCCGCAACCGGUGUACAGGCAGCUGGUAUGCGUGCAGUCGCUGCUCGCAUGGUGGCUUUUUACUUCAGAGCACCCGUCAAAGCUUUUUUCCGUGGACGCAUCGACUACAUGGGCUAUGCGAGAGCCAUCAACCCUCAUUUUCAAGAAACAGCAAAGUGGUCUUGGAGAAUGACCACACCUGCUGUGCUGGCCCAUGCAGUCAGGACCGAGGGCUGGAGCUUCAUUCCGAACCAAGUGAUGCCGCCCCUUUUGGCCAACACCAUUAUCGGCGCCGUCUUAUACACGGCCUACCUCCAUAGUCUUUCCAAUCUUCAUGUCCCUUCGUCUUAUCAAACCAAGCGCAUAUAUCCCCCUCCCCCUCCCUCCACCACCUUCACUGCCGGUCUGGUCGCCGGCGCUUUUCAGUCCACCAUCGCCGCACCUUUCGACGCCUUGCAAGUUCGCUUCCGUACCUCGGACCUUCUCGAUGGCAAAUACAAAACCAUGUGGCACUACGCCGGCCAUAAGCUGCACUCUAUUGGCUUGCGAGGCAUUUUCGCCGGCUUCUCGUUGAGCCUUGUCAAAGACUCGGUGGGCGCCGCUCUUUUCUUCAGCACUUUUGAAACCAUCAAGAGCCAGGGUUAUUAUGAAUUCAUAACACAUUACUAUGGAAGUCGCACGCGCGAGUCCCUGGUGGAGGCUAAAGCGUUGUAUCAUGACGAGGGCGAUGGGCGUCCUGUCAUUAGGCCAAACUACCUGAUAGAACCCAUGUUUCUGCUACUUGCUGGCCUCUCGGCUGCAGUCACAUCGCAAGCCAUCCAACAUCCGCUUACAGAAUUGCAAGACGUACAUUACCGCCGGCUCGAAGCACUUGAUUUUCAGGCCCAUCUAGCCAGCAAGCCCUCGCGCAUCAUGAGCCGCUAUUACCACGCAUACGAGGAGACGUUUCGGCAGUGUAAAAAGCUAGCCAAGCAUCAAGGGGGCUGGCGCAAAUAUCUAUAUCGCAAUUUCUGGAUGAGCACCAUACGACAGAUGCCCAGCACCAGCGCUGGCCUGAUCGUGUUUGAGAUUGUGCGACGAAAGUAUGCUUUCGAGACCGAGGAGGUUAUGAUUAGUCGCGAGGGCGCGCAUAUAUUGCUGACCUGA